CCUGCAAACCUUUGACUGCAUUCCGUAGUCAUUCGCUUGGACAAAGUAAGAGCGUUUCAGGUCAUUGAGACUCGGGACCAUUACCGGCUCGGCCUUAACAUCGCAUUCCACAACCCACUGUAACCUUCAGUAAUGCCACAGCCUACGGACGCCCUUUUCACUCCUCCAUCUUCCUACUCUCCUCAAAAGACCCUUUCGAGGUUGGACUUUCGCCCGGAUCCUUUCUCUGACGACACACUAGACCCAGACAUCUUUAACAUGGCCGGUAGUGGCUCGCCGACCCCUUACAUCAAAGAGGAGCACGACGACUUCACGCACAACAAUUUCAUCUCCCAAAGCGGUUUCAGCAUGAACUCGUUUGGUAAUCAGCAAUUCAGCGCACCCCACGAGAGUGGAAACGGUAUCAAUCCAUCUGACCUCACCAUGAGUGGGAGCAUGAACAUGAACAACCACUUCGGUGGCUCCAACGGCUACAUCGCCGGCGGUGCGGGCAUUGCAGAUGACGAGCUCGCAGAUUCGCUGGGCAACUUUGAACAGCACCAAGGAUUCGAUGCAUUUGGACAGAACGAACGUUCUCACCAGCAAGACUUCUUCCAGCCGAGUGGCAGCCAUGUCAUCGGCAGCCACCAAAACAUCAACCACCAGCUGUACUCCAACACCCCUGACGACGCUCCCAUUCAGAGUCCCUUUGUCAACCCCAACGGGUUCGACUUUAACCAAUAUCACAACCGACAUCCCAUGGGUUUCUCCGGUAGCAUGCAGGGCAGUCAGGCACGGCCACGCAUCUCCAUGAGCCGCCUUCCGUCCGACAACAGGAGCCCAAUGUCACCCAAGACUCCAGCCAUCAGCAAUCUGCACUUGGGCACGCCAGACUCAGGCAACUUUGGUUCUCAGCCCAUCAUGGCUUCCCGCAUACAUGGGCACAAGCCUAGUAUGUCGUCCACUCAAUGGGAUGGUACUCCAGGAAGCGGCCACUCCAACAGUUGGGUCGACUCGCCGAGCUCACCCCACGGCGGUAACCUACAGCAUCAUCAAAUCUCCGAGGUCAUGCACUCUGCCAAGCAUGCAUCUCUGCCCGCCAAAGUUGACAUCGGUCAGACGCAGGAUGCAAAAAAGCGUCGCCGUCGUGAAUCUCACAACCUUGUCGAGCGCCGUCGUCGCGACAACAUCAACGAGCGCAUCCACGAUCUUUCUCGACUUGUACCGCAGCAUCGUCUGGAGGAUGAGAAGAUCCGCAAGCACAUCAACAACAACGGCCCGCUCUCACCUACCUUGGGCGCCAGUGGCAUGUCGCCCCCACAAGCGACCUCGUUGUUGGCUGGCGGUGCCGGCAGACGAGCAGCUGGCAACAUCACGCAAGGACUGCCACUUGAAGAGAAAGACAAGGGCCCUAACAAGGGCGACAUCCUCAACGGCGCUGUCAGCUGGACCCGCGACCUGAUGUGGUUGCUCUACAAGAUGACCCAGGAGCGAGAUGAGAUGCAAGCUCGCCUGCAGCAGCUUUCGCCCGGAGAGAACUGGGAACCCGACCAGACUGAAGAAGUACGCCGUAUGCGCACGGAACUAGUGGACGCUGUGGAGAAGAACGGCUUCUCCACCUUCAAGUACUCCCGCGGCCCAGGGUCAGGACUCCGCGUUCCCAAGCACACCAACCUCGCCGGCGAGCCUCUCAAUCACACGCCGCAGAGCCUCAGCCCGGACAUGCAGAGCAACGGCAGCGGUUCGAACAUCAACGCGAACAACACGUCACAUCAAUACUGGACGAACCAGAGUCUGAAAGAAGAAGAUGAAAACUUCAUGGAACUCAACUAAGUCCAAGGAGUUGGCACCAUCUGUCCUCGGCAUCCUUCUGCAUCGUCCGCUUUCCUAUUGAUGAUACCCCCCGCGAUACCCCCAGCACGU